AUGCCGGAUCCCACCUUUAAUCCUAGACUGAAGCAUAUCCUUGAGGGCGCUCGACGCUUAAACGUUCCGCAGCCAGAUCAACGACUACCUGUAACCGCCGCACUGCUGAGCCGCUUACCGAAGCGGUUGCAUUUAGCCACGCCCAACCUUCACGACCAACAAAUGUUUUGGGCCGCUUUCACAAUAUCUCAUCAUUUUCUCCUGCGUGUUUCAGAGCUGACGUCACCAUCUCCCACCUCUUUCGACCCUGCCACGACUCUUUUAUUGCAAGAUGUCCAUUGGAGCACAUACACGCUGGAGAUAACGCUGAAGCAGUCAAAGACCGAUCAGCGCCGAAAGGGCAUUAAGCUAUCGCUCACGCCGAGUGAGGCGCCGGCAACCUUCGCAGCUUGCCUUGCCUACACAAAGCGUCGCCAGCUUCAGCGACCACCGAAUCUGCCGUUCUUUGUCCACGACAGCGGCCGUUACUUGACCAGAAAUGACCUGUCCAAUGCGCUCAAAAUAUCUCUUCCACCGGAAGAAGACCGAGAUCGCUAUUCCUCGCAUUGUUUCCGCAUCGGUGGCGCAACAUCAGCCGCCGCCAGUGGCGCUUCGGCCGAAGCGAUAUGCGCACGGGGACGAUGGAAAUCGUCCUCGUUUCUGCGCUACAUCCGUCCCUGUCCAACGCGUACCUUUCUGUUUGGGGCACCUCCUCACUCGCGCAGCUCUCUCGCACAAUGGUACGCACAGAACCGCACCGGAAGUAGCCGCAUACGCAUCAUCCUGGCCAUGAAUCAGGAUUCAACUCCCUGGCCACGAAUCAGGGAGCACACCUGGCCACGCAUCAGGUGUUAG